AUUGUGGCUGUUUUCGAGCAGGGGUUGCAUACCGUCACGCUCUUUCGCGCGUGAGAGAAAACACGUUACUUUAAAAUAAAUUACCCAUAAACUUAGCGUUUGCCCAGGAAUAAUUAUCAUUUUUCACUGAUAGUUUGAUAUAUUCUUUUUUCGAGAGACGCGAAGGAAAGUGUUUGGUAGGUUGAAGAAGGACUGGAUACUCUAUGAAAGCGGGUGACAAGGAGAGGAUGAUGAGGGUGAGUUGAAAACUCUCACGAAGGUGAGAAUCGGUUGUCGAAUUGUAGGGCUUAGGAAACCUAUAUGGAGCGGUAACUCAUCUGGCAGCAGAUAAAUCGAUCUGACAUAAAUACCAAAAGAAAAUUAAAAUAAAUAAAUAAAUGAAAUGGCAAAUCAUAUAAUCCCGCACGCGCGCCCCACUUUAUUCUUUAAAGUUUGGCUAAGUUCGCUAGACACUGGUCAAGUUAGCGCCGGGGACAUGUGAAUGACCUAGAGACACUUCACAUCACGUUACAUAAGCAAAUAUUAACCGCUGACUACUUUUACGAGCGUUUCAAAGAUGGCGCGAAAUCUGCAAAACUGAUGCAGAAGAACGGAUUGAAAUGGAUAUUCGGUCGUUUUUUAGUCCCAAAGGAAAAACUUCAAAACCAGGGGCCUCAAAGGCUGGGAAAGACUCAAGUGCGAAGCCUGCAUUGAAAGAUCCUGGAAAGGGACCCAAAGAAAGCCAGAAUAGGAAGGCAAGAAAAUGCAUUGACUCAGAUUCUGAUGAAGAUCCUCUUCCACCUAAAAUAAGAAAAGCAACCGUGAAAAAAGGCGAAAGUUCAAAAUCAAGCAAGAGCAGAAAGCCAAUCACUGUUGAGGACUCUGAAGAGGAGGAAGUUGUACCUCAGACGCUAAAGAAAUCUGCCAAGCAAAUGGAAACAAAAACAAGGAAGGAGGUUGUGCAUGUUAAGGAGAGCCCUGUAAAGCCUAAAGAAACUCCACAGAAACUGACGUCUGCUCUUGACUUCUUUGGUUCAACUCCUGCUGAAAGAGAAUCGCGAAAAGUUUUUGCUGCAAAGAGGAAACAGAGAUCUGAUGAGCCAGAAGAAAAUGGGGGAGCGCUUGCAAAUGAAGAUCAGGAGUCACUACAUGGAAAAGAGAAGAGACGGAGGGAAAAUGAAGAUCUGAAUGGUAGAGCAACAGAACAGCCAUCCAAGAAAAGAAAAGAAGACUCAUCUACCCCACGACGGGAAGAAAAAAAGCCAUCUCCUGAAAAGAAGAAGACACCGGAGAGUGUUCCCAAGACCACACCUGCUAGUCGGCUUGCAGCUAAAGCAGCCGCAACUGUAGCAUCAAAAGCAACUACUGCUGUCCCUGAGACUCCAGGUAGAGACACUAAGAGGAGUCCAAAGAAAACUGUUACUCCAAAGAAAUCUGAGGACAAAGGAGUUGCAAAGGAAUCUCCAAACGAGAAAACUCCGAAGACACCUAAAUCUGAUGAACCAGAUGAGGUUCCUCCAUCUUUAGAGAAGAAAAAAUCAAAUUAUCGCAGUUUCAUGGCAAGGGAUGGUCCCAGAGCUCUUGGCUCAAAACCAGUCCCUGAGGGAGAAGAAAACUGCCUAGAGGGACUGACAUUUGUUAUUACUGGAGUGCUGGAAAGUAUUGAGAGAGAUGACGCUGCGGAUUUGAUUCAGAGGUACGGUGGCAAGGUGACUCAGUCGGUGAGCAAGAAAACAAGUUAUAUUGUGGUGGGACGGGAUGCUGGUGAGAGCAAACUUUCUAAGGCUAAGCAGUGUGGGACAACACAGCUAGAUGAGGAUGGGCUCUUUGAACUAGUCAAGACAAAACCAGGGAAGAAGAUCAGCUAUGAACCUCCCAGUAAGGAAAAGAAGUCAAAGAAGAAAGAAAAAAGUGAAGAAGCUGAAAAAUUGAGUCAAGGAAAGGAACAGCUCGAAGGGGAAUCAUCGCAGCUUAGUGAACGAUCAGUGUCAUCUCCUGCCACACAGACACCCACAUUAUCACCUGCGUCAAAAGGAGAACCAAGUUUGUUGUGGGUUGACAAAUAUCGCCCACGCUCGGUGAAGCAGAUUAUUGGCCAGCAAGGUGACAAGAGUAACAUGCGAAAGCUGAUGAACUGGCUGAGAGACUGGGAGAAGAACAGAAAGAAACCAUCAACUAAAUCUUCAUUUUUCAAGAAAGAUCAAGAUGGUUCAUCUCAGAGAGCAGCUCUCCUGUCUGGCUCCCCAGGGGUGGGCAAAACAACAACUGCAACACUUGUUUGUGAGGAGCUUGGCUUCAGCUACAUUGAAAUGAAUGCUAGUGAUACAAGAAACAAGAAGACACUGGAGGAACACAUAUCUCAGUCACUGAGCAAUAAAACCAUGGAUGGAUUUCUACCUGGUCACAAGGCAGAUCCCAGGAAGCAUGUCUUGCUUAUGGAUGAAGUCGAUGGAAUGGCAGGCAAUGAAGACAGAGGAGGAAUGCAGGAAUUAAUAUCACUGAUAAAGAACACCAAGAUACCAGUCAUUUGCAUGUGCAAUGAUAGAAACAGUCAGAAGAUUCGCAGCUUGGCAAAUUACUGUUUUGACUUGAGAUUUCAGAGACCUCGAGUUGAACAAAUCAAGGGUGCUAUGAUGAGCAUUGCAUUCAAGGAAGGGCUCAAAAUUCCACCUCAGGCCAUGGACCAGAUUAUAAUUGGUGCCAACCAAGAUGUAAGACAGGUUCUUCACAAUAUGAGCAUGUGGACAGCCAAGGAGAAGAGUCUUACUUAUGAUCAAGCCAAGGAGGAUGCAGCCAGAGCACAAAAAGACAUCAAAAUGGUAAAUAAUUCCCUGAUUUUAAACAACAUCCACCUUCAAUGAAGUGGUCCUCCUCAAAUAAACAACUUAGUAAACAGAGUUCUGACAUUUAAAAGAAACAUGUACUGUAUGGCUGUACUUUACGAACCCUUUUCAACCCAUAAAGAGCAAUCAGAGUGAA